GCAGGAGUGGCAUAUUCGCUGAAAAUGGAGGGAAAGGACGCGUGUGCAGUGACUUACUUUGGAGAUGGGACCACAAGCGAGGGAGAUUUCCACGCGGGCCUAAAUUUUGCAGCUGUGAUGGAUGCCCCCGUGGUGUUCAUAUGCCGUAACAAUGGGUGGGCCAUCAGCACCCCUGUCGCGGAGCAGUUCCGAAGUGAUGGGAUUGUGAGCAAGGGAAAAGGGUAUGGGAUCACAAGUAUUCGCGUGGACGGAAAUGAUGCCCUUGCUGUCUACAAUGCCAUCCGUGUUGCUCGCGAAAUGGCAAUCAAGAAACAAGCCCCCAUACUUGUUGAGGCACUGACAUAUCGUGUAUCUCACCAUUCGACAUCGGAUGACUCCACAAAGUACCGGCCCACACAAGAGAUAGAGCACUGGAAGACAACGCGGAGCCCGGUGGCCAGGUUCAGAAAAUGGGUAGAGAAGGAGGGAUGGUGGAACGACGAGAAGGAAUCUCAACUUCGCCGGGAUAUGAGGAAACAAGUUUUAGAAGCAAUUCAAGAAGCAGAGGGGAUGGAGAAACCUUCGCUGUCGGAGUUGUUCGCGGAUGUUUAUGACCAUCUGCCUCCAAACCUUAAAGAGCAGGAGAGGUCAUUAAGAGACAUUGUAAAGAGACACCCCAAGGACUACCCCGCCGAUGUCCCCGUGUAGGACACCCUAUCAUAGUAACUAUUUUGGAAACAGUGUGGUGGCAUGUCAUUGUUUGUGUGUGUAUCCUUUCAUUUUUAGACUGGGUUCAACUUACUUUAAGGACUUAGCUUGGUGAUGAUCAUUAUCAAUUGAUACCAUACUCCCUCGGCCAUCUUGGUUUCUUGCAGUAUUGACCUGCAAAGAAAAGUAAGAGGACCAAUCAAGAAGAUAUGUAGAUAUAAGAUCAAGAUGGAAAUUCUUUUUUCUGCAGGUCAAUACUGCAAGAAAACAGGGUGAUACAG